GACUUCAGACACACAUAUAUACAUACAUACACCGAUGUAUACGUAAAAAAUUCGUUCAACCCAAAAACCCUUUUCUAAAUUAUCUUUUCUCAACUUAAUCUCAAUAGUUUAUUCACUAGUGAUGAUCAUGAUCUGGGUUUGAGAUUUGGGUUCAGAUUUCAGCUCAAAGCUUCAAUCUUUACAAACUUUUUUAGGGUUUUCAAGAAUAUUAAAAGUUUUUGAUUUGAUUCGAUUUAGUUUGAACAAAUUGGGGGAAAUGGAAGAAUCACGUCAACUGGGUCAAGAUCGAAGUUCUUCUGCUUCGAAUUCAACUCUUGAUUCACAUGGUGCUGAAUCAUCGAAAGAUGAAAUUGUUUCCAACCAGUCAGAAGCCCAGAAUGCAAGUCGAUCUCAGACCCCUGUAAAUUCAUCAAACGCUAACGCUGCCUCGGAACAAACCUACUUCUAUGGAGGUUAUGGUGAUGGCUCGGUUAACUGGGGAGACCAUUCUAAUUAUGUACAUGCUAACAACAUGCAAAUUGUAUCUCCAAUCUACAACGAAAAUUCUUCACUCUUGUUUCAUCCUGUAUACGGGUUCGACCCGCAGGUGGCAUACAGCCCGUUUUCACCGAUAAUGAUAGACGGUCAACUUUAUUCACCGCAGCAAGUCCCGGUGUCUCCGUCUUACUACUCGCAGCCCAUUUCCCCAACCGGGUUUGCCACGUCAGCAGGCAGCGGUCAAGAGGGUCUUGGUGAGAAUGUGUUUUGGGGCUACGUGCACUAUCCUAUGAGUAAUGGUAUUGGAUUUUAUAACGGUUCUGGUGAAUCUGUGUCGAAUCAAUCCACACCAGUUGGCAUACUUGGCCCGUAUGAGCAUAGUUUUGGACAGCAGACGCCAUACCACAUGUAUGACGCUAGCCGGUUGAACCAUCAUGGGCUUGACAAAGAAGUCAAACAUAGGGACCGGGACUCUGUCAACUUAACCAAUGACUCACACGUUGCAGCUGAUAAGAACCGUGGACCAAGGGCAUCAAAACCGAAAGGAAGUAGUUCAGCUGACCAUACAUCUAAUCAUAUCGACCUUUACAACCGCGCAGAUUUCGUUACGACCUAUGAAAAAGCCAAGUUUUUUGUAAUAAAAUCUUUUAGUGAAGAUAACGUCCAUAGAAGUAUCAAAUAUGGUGUGUGGGCCAGCACUCCACUUGGAAACCGAAAACUCGAUGCUGCUUAUAAAGAAGCGAAAAAAGAUGGAGAUGCAUGCCCGGUUUUUCUCUUCUUUUCGGUAAACGCAAGUGGACAGUUCUGUGGUGUUGCUGAAAUGAUUGGGCCCGUUGAUUUUGAAAAUGAUGCGGAUCACUGGCAGUUAGAUAGGUGGAGUGGCCAAUUUCGUGUGCAGUGGCACAUCAUUAAAGACGUUCCCAACAGUCGGUUUCGUCAUUUACUUCUUGAAAAUAACGAACACAAGCCCGUAACUCAUAGCCGAGACUCACAAGAGGUGCCGCAUGAAGAAGGCAUUGCAAUGUUGAAAAUCUUUAAGGAACAUGAUUCGGGUACAUCAAUAUUGGAUGAUUUUUGUUUUUACGAUGACCGCGAGAAAUCUUUUCAAGAUAACAAAGCCAAAGAACGUGUUUCAUCAACAAAAAACAGUGUUGAUGAUGCUUCGAUAAACCAGCUUUCGGAUAGAGUUGCUGAUUCACUCCGGUUGGAAACAAACAAGGAGGUGUAAUGAACCGGUUACUAAACCGGCUUUUUGAACUCCUGACGAGUUUUUAGUUUUUUGGUGCGGCCGUUUAGUUUUCACCCCUUUUUUUUUAUUUCUAGCGGUAGGUGGCGGUGAUUACAGGCGGUUUGAGGGAUGUUGAUUCCAUUGUUAUUGGAAUAGUUUGAUGACAGGGUGGUUGUUGAGUUGCCACCCAAACAAGUGUACAAUGAUUAAUCAUAGUAAUUGACAAAAUGGUAACAUCAGUUUUCUUGUUU